UAAAAAUAGAAUCCGGUGUGACAUUUGCGGCCGUUAAAUGUUUUGAGUUUUGUUCGUCGGAUAAGUAAAGAAAAAAAAAAGCAAUAAUUUAGUUAUACAUUGUAGCUAUUUAGCUUAAAAUGGUUAUUUUGUUAUGUUAAAGUAGUAUCGUAUUUUAUUCAAUACAUUUCCGUUUCUAUAAAUACUAUUAAGCAUGGGAAGCAACACAAGUAAGCCGACGAAUGAGACAGCUGUUGGUGCUCUUAAGAAUGACUUGGACGUGAAUAAAGACAACUCGGAUCCUCGAUCUCCAACACCAGAGAUAUCACGUACUCCACUACACAAUAAGUCCAGUUCGAAACACAACAUCACUAAAAACGUUGAUCUAAGAAAAACAUUCGAAAAUGCAAAUGUUGACGAAAAGCUUAUCCACAAAAAUCCCAUUCUGUCGGCCGUUAUCAAGAAUCACUUGCAGUCCUUCGAUCCUCGUUCGCCCACACAAGACUUUGAACGAACACCAAUCAUUAUUGCAUCAAAAAUUGAUGAAAUGACUAAUGCAAAAAAGAAAUUGUUAAGAGCUCAAAGUGAUAAUUGUGCUAGUCCGGUGUUGAAAACUGAAAAUGAAGACAGUUGUGAUAGCUGCACAGAAGCUUGUGAAAAGAGCCCAGACUUGAUGGUAUCCCGUAACUUGUGUGAGGGAUUCUAUAAUACUACUCUAGAUGACACCAUAAAAGAGACUGAAGAACCAUUAGGUUCAUCUACUGCCUCUAAUGAAGCCAUAGAAACUAAUAUUUCUAAGGUUGAAGACAAACCUAAGUUUUUGGAAACUAACUUUGAAUAUGUUAUUGAGAGUGAGACUGAUAAAUUUGAGGAUAGUGAAGAAAUUGUCACAAGCACUAAUGAUGCAGAUAAUACAAAUGACAGUGAGGUCAAUGACACACCUGUAUUUCAACUUCUCAAUGACGAUCCCCGCUCCCCCUCCAUUGGUAUUGAACGAACACCUAUUGUUGUUGCUAAAAUUGAUGAGGACUCAAAUGAAGCCAUUGUUGAAAAUAUGUCAGAUGAUUCCUUAAUUAAAGUUCUACAAAACACUAAUGUAGAACUGCGCCAAAAUGGCAAUAAAACAGAUAGGAAUGUUGAGGGGCUUCUCAUCUAUGAAGAUGAUUCCUCUGGUCUAAAUGACACACCAAAGAAGUCCAAAUCUGCGAGUAACAGUGGCUCCAGGACCCCUCUAUCCUGUAUGAAGAACAAGGCUGAUGCUGGGCACACCAGGUCUAAAUCGGCGAAUAUGUUAUAUGACCCCAAAAAUCAGAAAAACGUUCUUUCUAAAAUUCCUAAAAGGGUGUCUCAUAUUCCAAGGCUGAAGUGUUUAACGAAACAAUCUAACUUAGUCCCUGCUGGCAGCAGUGUUUCAUUGAAGAAUAUUUCUAAAGCAGCUACAAUAGUUGGUGACUGUGAGAAUACACCACCUCAUUCACACCGUGACAGAUGGGACAAAGACACCAGCAUUGUGCUUUGAAGUUGAGUUGCAGUAAAAUAUGAGUUGAACAUACAGCAAGUACGCUGUGGAAUAUUCAUUCAUCUUGAUAUUGUUUAUAUUAACUAUUAUGUUGAUCACUUGACACUUGAUUACUUUGCUCAUAAUAAUUAUAGUGACCAAACAUCAUGCUUUAUUGUUCGAAAUAAAUUAGAAAAUAGUUUCUUCAAUAGGAAUUAUCUCAAACAAACAGAAUGAUAAUUUGUAUUGUUUCGUAGCAAUAAUCGUAACAUAAAAUAAAUGUUUUGAAGAAAUGUA